UCCGUCUUGGUUCUCUGCCUGGUGUAUCGUUUUGGGUUAAAUGUGUUCAACAUUAAUCACUACAUACAAAUGUGCAACAGAUACCUGAACAGUGUGACAAUGGCCCAGCAGUGUAAGUCGUGUGACACGUUUGUGGCUCUGUCCCCAGGGACGGCAGGGAGUGCAGUGAUAUUCGGGAAGAACUCGGACCGACCUCGCACUGAAGUCCAGGAGGUCGUGCUGUAUCCAGCCAAGGAACAUCCGGCGGGCAGUCGAGUGGCUUGUACGUACAUUGAGAUCGACCAAGUCCCGAAGACUCAGUCUGUGAUACUAAGUCGCCCAGCAUGGCUGUGGGGGGCAGAGAUGGGAGCCAAUGAACACGGUGUGUGUGUCGGGAAUGAGGCAGUCUGGGAUAGGCUGAACGGUCCAGACGAUCUCAUAGAACGACUGCUUGGAAUGGACUUGGUCAGGCUGGGCUUGGAGCGCUCGACGACGGCUGAAGAAGCCUUGGACGUGAUGACCUCUCUCCUGGACAAGCACGGUCAAGGCGGGCCGUGUGGGGAGGAGCCUGGCUCGGAGAGCUGGUCCUAUCACAACAGCUUCCUCAUCGCCGACGGCAAGGAAGCCUGGGUUCUUGAGACGGCCGGGACGUACUGGGCGGCGGAGCGUGUCACAGAAGGUGUACGUAAUAUAUCCAACGAACUGAGUAUCGGGACAAAGUUUGACAAGUCCUCCUCUGGGCUGAUCGACAAGGUGACAGCUCUGGGAUGGUACAAACCGGAUCAGGGUCCGUUCAACUUCACGAAGGUGUUCACUGAGGAUGACUCCAUUCAGUUCUCCACCCGCUACAGACGAGGCAAACAGAUGCUCAAAGACUUCAGUGCUUCAGGUCAGUUUGGGGUCAAGGACAUGAUGAAGAUUCUCCGAGACGAGGAAAGUGGGAUCUGCAUGACGGGAAGUUUCUGUUCCAACGGCAGCCAGGUCUCCCGGAUACCGUCCCCGGGCUCGGCCGUCCCAGCAUGCCACUGGUUCACCGCCACGCCCAACCCCAACCGAGGCAUCUUCAAACCAUUCAUAUUCGGACCCAAUGCCCAGAUUGGAACCUUGACCGUGUCGCCCGAUUUCGGAGACGAAGAUCCGGUUAAGAAGAAGCCACGGUUUCAGAAGCAGGUUGAUCGUCGCCACGAGCUGUACAAACACCACGAGAAGUUCAUCGCUUUGAUGGAGAGCCACAAUCCCAAGGGACAGAUGGUUCACGAGAACCUGCGAGAACUGGAAUCCAAGUGUCUCGAAGACAUGGAUGAAUUUCUGAACAAUUUCGAUGAAAGUGCUUUUGCUAAAGUUUCCGAAAUAUUCAAGCAUAUUGCAAACAUGGAAAUGAAUUUUUACAAAUAAGGAGGAGAUGUUUUUGCAUUAUUUGUACUGCAAUACAAAUACUGACGUAAACUGUGGUGCAAGACAAUAGCUUGUAGGUAAAAUAUGAGUGUAUUGUUGUCGAGUUUAAAAAUCUGAGAUAUGCCUAUGUCCAUAUUCAUAUUAGUACAUGCUAUCACUGGAAAGCAACCACAUAUGCUUCUAAUGCUUAUACAUCUCAGCUCUGUUUAGCUUACUACGUACGGAUCCAGGAUUUUUUAAUGGGGGGGGGGGGGGGGGGGGCAAAAGCCAUUCUUGUUUUUUAAAAUAGAAUUUAAAGGUCCUUGACAGAUGGUCAGGAUAAAUUAGCAUUUUUGGUGUAUUCUGUAAUAUAUAUUGUUUGACCAAAAAUAGGAGGCCUGGCCCCUGGGGGCCCCAGCCUGAAUCCACACCUGCUUACAAAUAAUAUUUAUUUAUUCUUGUGCAAUAAUUAAUAAUACAUAGGAAAUUAAUAGAGCGUAAUACUUUUCCACUUGCUUGUUUAGUAACCCAGUUUGUUAUUGGUCCUAAGUAGUUCAGAUACUCUCGAGUGCCAAAUAAACGUACACCUACGUUUAUUAAAUUUGUGAAAAAUUUUUGAUGUCUACGCUUAUUCAGCACCCUAUGUUUAAUUACAUCUAAAAAACAUGUAACCCCCUACGCUAAUUCGGCACCCAACGCUUAUUACAAUUCUUAAUUUAUCAAAUGCUUGCAUAUAGCCUCUAUUAGGGGUACAGAUUUUCCGCGAUCACGGAAUCGCGGACGGAAUUGCAAAUCUUAAACGGAAUUUACAAUUUUCCGAGUUGUCAAAUAAAAUGCCAACUUUUGUGGUCAGAUAAUACGUUUAUUUAUUUAUUAAUAUACAUACAUUGUUUUUCUGCUUAAUUGAUCAUUUGAACCAUUAAGGCACAACAAAGUAUGUUACUCUACACCAAAAUGUAAACCGACAUUUCCGAACAUUGUUGGCCGCCAUUUUGUUUUUAUCGCUCGGCUCGGUUCGGUUUUAUUCGGUUGGGUAAAUUCCUAGGAUGCGUUCGAUUGAGUGCUCACCUGUAAAUCGAUGCAACAGUUCAUGCAAGACUUUAUAUAAAUUAAUCAAUUACACUUCAACACUUCAUCUUUUCACCAAACAUUGAAGACGGGGGUACCGAAUUCUUAAAGGUAAAUAUGACUUUUUGUUAAGCUAUGUAUACUAGAGUAGAUAAAGUACAGUUCCUUUAGGAUACGGGGAACUGGCCCAAAUUUUAUUUACAUUCUUUCCUCUUUUUAUAUAUAUUUUUUUACAUUACAAAUUCCACUCAUUUUAAUUACAAAUUCCACUCAACCUUUUUAUUUUCACUUGCAAAUAGAGUUUAUUAGAAAUUAGCGAGAAAAAUUAGGCAGAGUUACAUCCCCUAACCGCGUUCUAGUUCCGGCGCGUUCCGCUAACAGCUGGCAUGGCCGAUGACCACAGUUGUUUAUGAAUCUUCAGCUGAGAUUUAUGCAUGCCAUCCCCUGGCAUCAUAAGUGUCCCCACCUAUGCUUUAAAAAUAAAGAAUGAUACAGGUCAAAAUUAAGUUGAUGA